AUGUUCGGGACGAAACUUCCUGCGGCUCGGUUGACUCUGGGGCUAUCACCGCCCACCUUCCGCACUGUUGUAACAAGAAACACUCCUCAAGGGCCUCGAGGAUCCAUACGCAGACCACCUCCACAGGCAUGGCUUCCGCCGCAUCGACGAGAUGCGCCCGCGCCCGAGCAACCCAAAAAUGAAGUCCAGUCGAGCGAAGCUCCUCUAGUCGCACCCACUCGGGCUGAGGCCGUGUCUACUGCCCUCUCGCAAACUCCUGACUCGGAAAAUAACCUCGUAACGCCCGUUCAUAUCCCGGAAGACCCCAAUGGCGUCCUUAAAGAAGCACAUCCCGCCAUGCGCCUGCUCGACAACUCAGCCAUUGUGGUGCAGCGUCAGCUGGAGAUGAUGAAUGUGCUGAUGGGAUUCGAACAGGCAAACCGAUAUAUCAUCAUGGAUCCGCAUGGGAAUCACAUCGGAUAUCUUGCAGAGCAGGAACACGGUUUAGGGAACGCCAUGGCACGGCAGAUGUUUAGGACACAUCGGAGCUUUACUACACAUGUGUUUGACCGUGAGGAGAGGGAGGUCCUCCGAUUCCACAGGCCGUUCAGCUGGAUCAGCUCAAAAAUACGAAUCUACGAUGCUACAGCUGAAGGUGACAGCGCAUAUGCAUCGUCGGUUGCAUUACAAGGUACAAGCGCGGGAAGUAUAGUGAAUCAGACUAGCGCAAAGGUCGCUCGACUUCCACUAUCACACUUGAGGAUUAUUGGAUCUGCGGAGCAAGAAUGGGCACCAUUGCGGCGGAAAUAUAAUCUGUUCCUAGCGCGAAACAUCGAGGCAGCUGAACCCGACACCCCACAGCUACCCUCAGGCCGUCUCCCGCUAUCCAACUCAAAAGCCUUGCAGGUUGCCGAGGGAGACUCAAGAGAGAUCGGGAUGAUACAAUUUGCCCGCGUUGACGAGCCUUUCCUGUCCUGGGAUUUCUCACUCAUGUCAGAAGAUGGCCGUCUCAUCGGCUCUGUCAACAGGAACUUCGCAGGUUUCGCCCGAGAACUCUUCACAGACACGGGCGUCUAUGCACUUAGGAUGGACGCUGCCGGGCUUACUGGGGAACCAUCCCACCUCAUAUCUAAGAGUGGGGAGCAAUCAGAACCUACACUUGAGGGGUAUCCGGGAAUGACGCUUGAUCAGCGCGCUGUGAUGUUGGCAACAGCAGUCAGUAUCGACUUCGACUACUUCAGCCGGCAUAGUAAUUCCGGCAGUAUGGGAUUCUUGCCUAUGUGGAUGAUCCCAUGGGGAGGGGAAGCAGCAGGGGAGGCUGGGGCGGUUGGAGCGGCUGGGGCAACGGGAGAGACUGGCGUUGCCAGUGAAGCUGGUGCUACUGCUAGGGGACUUGGGGUUAGCGAGGCAGGUGCUGCUGGGGCUGGGAGUAUGGCGGGAUAUGAAGCCAUGCAGAGAGGGAGAGAAACUGGGCAGCAGCAAGACGUCCAGGAUACUGACCCCCAGUCGCCUCAGGCAGAAAAUCAAUAUCAUGUAACCCCCGAUCAGCAACAGCCUAGUCAGCAAGGAGAGGAUAUGUGGAGCGAUGGUGGUUCUGGUGAUGGUAGUGAUUCUGGUGAUGGUAGUGAUUCUGGUGAUGGUAGUGAUUCUGGAGGUAGCGGUGGAGGGGGCAGUGGAGGGGGAGGAGGAGACGGUGGAGGAUUUGACCUCACUGAGUGGUUUUAAUGAUGAGAUGUGGACAUAACUUGUAUGAACAGUGUAUGAUUACACGAAAAUUGGAAUUGCG